CUCGGAUAUCCUUCGAAGCUACUCAUCCACGACUACGACAACCGCAAGAAGCACGAGUCCACAUCAGCCAAGCCUCCGCUGCCAUUGGAGGCCAACAUCAUCGCCCAUGCCGACGAGGCCUUUAGGAUCGAACGAAUACGGUUGCCGGUCUCGGAGAUCUGCAGGUAGUUUCUGCACGAGAUAAGAGCUGGGAAGAAGGGAAGAUUACACAAAACAGAUAAUCGAGCAGUUUAAUAGACACCGCUAAAACGACAAAGAUGUCGGAAUGGAACACCAAACAUUUGGGCCAACGGCUCGCGGUUGAUGCUGCUUGCGGUGCUACAGCUGGAGCUAUGGUUGCUCCGAUCGUGAGCAUGGUUGACAAAGCCAUCAUGGAAAAUGCCUCUGGCAAACGCCAACUCAUGACCUCCGUCCGCGCCUCGCUCACACAACUCCUCCUCCGCCCACACCUCUACCUCACCUCCAAGACCUUCGGCCUGAUCCUCAUGGUCUACGGCGGCACCUACCUCUCCGCCAACGUCCUGGAUACCUUCAAGUCCACCACGAAAAACCGCUCCGCCAGCACCACCACCUCCGGCGUCUCGAAAUUCGCAGCCACUAGCGUCGCGAACGUGAGCCUCACAAUGGUCAAAGACUCACAAUUUACGAAGAUGUUUGGGGUAGUCUCCAGCCGCCCGGUCCCUCCUGUAACCUACGCCCUCUUCGCCGUCCGCGACGCAAUGACAAUCUUCGCCUCCUUCAACCUCCCGCCUUUGAUCGCUCCGCGACUUCCUCUCAGCGAGGCCGCGGAGAAGUACAUGAGUCGGACGUCGGCUGCACAGUUCCUCGCUCCGGCGGCGAUACAGCUUAUCAGCACGCCCUUUCACCUCUACGGACUGGACAUCUACAAUCGUAACGGGGACACGACGGUCAGGGAGAGGUUGCAAAAGGUGAGGCUAGAUUGGCUGAAGAGUUCGCUUGCGAGAAUGUGUCGGAUUGUGCCGGCAUUUGGGUUUGGAGGGGUUGUGAAUAAUAGCUUGCGGAAGCGAUUUCAGAAACAGUUGGAGUGA